AUCUCCCGGCGGCGCUCCGCUGUUUCGGAUGAAAAAGCUUUUCGGGAGAAGCAAAAGGCAACGGCGGCAGAUGUUCAAGACGGCGGAGGAGAAGGACGUGGUGCAUCUCGAGGAGAGCUGUUGAGCGGGCGACGCUGUUUGCCUCUCCCCCCCGUUCCCCCAGCCGUCGGCUGCGGGAGGCCGGUGACUUGCCGGCGCCGUUGGAAGAGGCGGGGCUUUGCACAAGCAGCAGUCCCUUGUACAAGGCAGCCGUUGCACUCCCGGAUCCUCCUGUCGGUGCAAGGAAGCUGGGAGAGUGGGCAUAGCUGGCAGACCCAGCUCUUCAUGAUUUAACACUUUCUGACAAGACACUUAAAGAAGGAAUGGCAGAGAAAGAGAACAAUUUCCCCCCACUUCCUAAAUUUAUCCCGCUGAAGCCGUGCUUCUACCAGAACUUCGCCGAUGAAAUCCCAAUUGAUUACCAGACACUGGUGAGAAGGAUCUAUCGCUUGUGGAUAUUUUACUGCAUCACCUUGAGUGUUAACCUCAUUGCUUGUCUGGCUUGGUGGAUCGGUGGUGGAUAUGGUUCCAAUUUUGGCUUGGCAAUUCUUUGGCUUCUCCUCUUCAGCCCCUGUAGUUAUGUCUGUUGGUUCCGGCCAGUCUACAAAGCCUUCCGGUCAGACAGCUCUUUUAAUUUCAUGGCGUUUUUCUUCAUUUUUGGAGUCCAGUUUAUCCUGACAGCCAUCCAGGCAAUCGGUUUCGGUGGGUGGGGAACAUGCGGCUGGCUGGUUGCUGUACAAUUUAUUGGCCAAAAUGUUGGGGCUGGUGUGGUCAUGCUCUUCCCAGCAGUUAUGUUCACCUUGUGCGCUAUUGGGAUGCUUAUAUGUCUCAUCCGGGUUCACCGGAUCUACCGUAGUGGAGGCGGAAGCUUGCAGAAAGCCCAGAACGAAUGGCAGAAUGGAUCGUGGAAAGAUCCUCCGAGCAGGGAAGCACAGCACAGCAACUUUUCAGGAAACAGCCUCCCUGAAUAUCCAACCGUUCCCAAUUAUGGAAACCCUUGGUCCUGAUCCUGGCCUGCUGUUGGGGUUGCCGAAGUAGUUUGGUUUGAGUUGUUGCAAGAAACACAUUGCGUUCCUCAUUUGAGUCUCUCUCUCUCUCUCUCUCCUUCUUUCCCUCUUUCUCUUUUUCCUUUAGGGGUGGUGCUCUUCCUUCCCCUAACCAUGGUUUUAUUUAUGGUUCUCCUUUUAUGAUGGCAGCGGCUUGUGCCAAGACAUGGCUGUUGCCCAUAAAAUUCGAUUAGUCCUAUUUUUAUUGAUAGGAAUCCCCCUUCCCUCCCCCCCCCACACACACCUAUAUCAUUCUUGCCAAUGGGUGCACAAGGAAAUGGAUAAAACUGUCAUUUCUAUUGACUGCCUCGUUUUGAGAGGGCAGCCGUUCACAACCAGAUUCCCCUGAAGAUUUUGGGAAAGUGACUUAAACUUUUCUUGCCUUUUCCCUGUUUUUGAGCGUGCUUGAGUGCUAAUCCUGACUCCCUGUAUCUUUGGGGAUCCUGCAGCUCAAGAGAUUGUUGUGAAAGGAAACGUGUGAUAGUGUGAUAGGCACAAAGGGCAGCUUGCUCAUGACGAUAACUAUUUUUUAAUGUUUGCUGCUAUCAGAGCAGGAGUUUUGUAACUGAAUCUUUCUCCCAGGAAAAUAAUUCCUGGAAAUAGAAAGUUAGCAGCAUGGUUUAAUCUUCUCACGGAACUGCUAGCUUUCCGUAUUGGGAGAACUGUAUUAAUUAAGGGGGAUUAAUUCAAAUAUGGCCCCUGCUCUCCUAAAAUAGGACCCAUUUUCUGGAAGCUUCGACCUGUUAACAGGUUUUUGUUUUGCUUAUUUGUUUUGCUCAGAGUGUUUUGCUUUAAGCUCUCUUCCUCCUACCUUGCUGGCUAUUAACUUGCUUGCUAAAAUAGAAACUUUGACAGUGACUAUGAUCUGGCCUGAGCCUGUCCCUCUUGUGGGGGGAAAAAUUCCCAUAAUUAAACCACAGAACUUUUUUCAUUGCUGGUACUGACAGAUCAAAUUCUGUUUACAUAUUCCACUUUACCUCAAAGCGGAUGGAUGAGAAUCCACGCAGUGUCAAGACCCCACAAUCAGGCGGCAUCUACAAGUAUUUCUUUCCUCAGAUUAUUUUUUGUGGGGUGUCUUAAUAGCCGCUAAGUGCAAGUAGACUUGCCUUUCUCAACCUUGGCAACUUUUAAGAGGUGUGGACUUCAACUUCCAGAAUUCCCCAGCCAGCCAGUGCUGGCUGGGGAAUUCUGGGAGUUGAAGUCCACACCUCUUAAAAGUUGCCAAGGUUGAGAAGCAUUGCUUUGGCUGGGCAAGUUUGACAUUUCAACAGUUCUCCUCUAUCUCUUCCACAAAAUCUUGGGUCUCCUAUGCCUUUGGGGGCACCCUGUUCAGUCAGUGCUCCUCUUCUCACCUGUGUGAAGCCUAAUUCUGGCAUCCUGGGUGGUAAAAUCCUCCUCAGAACCUGAGCCAAUUCCUUGCCCAAGGAGGCUUUCUGGAAGGUACCAGUUAUUGUGCUACCUCAAGCAGUCUUGCCCAAUCUGAUCCAACAAAUUGGGGCAACAGCCCCCAGCUAUCUUAGCUAUGCUGGUAAGGAAUUUCAUGGCUUUUAUGCUUCCCAUAUAUCUGAAAGUGGCCAGAUGUGGCCAGGCUGCCUCAAAGCAUUCAGACUCCGAAAGCAAGACAGCUGUCCGUUAAGUCAUCUGGACCUUACCCCUCAUCCAGCAAUUAGGUGCCUUUUCAAACCAUUGCAUUUAUUUGCUUUCUGAGGAGAAGGCUUGUCCUGUUCUCCCCACCCCCCCUUUCUUCUUUACAAAAUACAUUAUUUUGGGGGGAAAUGAUGUGGGUUUAUAAAAAAAAAGUGAAAAAGCACCUCCUGACAGAAGGGAGAAUAGGGAUAGGACAGAGAAGUGGGUUGUAAUAUGUGCCUUAUUAUCCAAUUUUACCUACUUUGGUCUGUUUCUCUCCGCCCCCAAAUCCCAGCAUAUUUUUUUUUUUGCAUAUUUAGUGACCCUGGAGGGGUCUGCCUGUUUUGUAAAUACGAGGGCCAAGUGCUCCCACUCAAGGAUAUGUUAAGUGAGCCAAAGAAAACGAAAACUGCUAAUGCUAGAGGCCAAAAACCUCUACUGGCCUUUCUUUGGGAACAGAUUCGUGAAAAUGAGCCUCUUUCUCUGUCUCUCUCUCUCUCUCUCUCUUUCUCCUUGUGAGAUUUCUUGAUACAUUCCAGAUGUGGGCUUUGAAGACAAAAAAAACCCAGCACCUGCCAUUUUAAAAUGCAUUACACUUGUUCCAAAGUGCCAGAGAGCCGCCCGCUUUAAAAUUGCAUCGCUGACAUCACACUGUAGCAUUGCAUGAGCUUUACUUCCUCUGCCUUUGCCUUAAUUGCUUUAAAAAAAUAGCCCAGAGGGGGAAAUGCUGCCUAGCUAAUAGCUACCCUGCAGGGUUCCUGUUGUAGACAUGCCCCAUCUCUCAGAGGAGCCCCCUGCUAAACAUUUCCUCAGUACCACCAGUUUUUUUUUGUUUUGUUUUUUUAAUACUCUGCACUUUUGGACUUCCCAGUUUGACUGCUGAGAAGAGAAAUGAGCUGACUGGUUCUUGAAACUCAGGAUACCCAGACAGGCAACUCCUGGGUACAAGGCUGCCUUAAAAGCAUCUUGGUGGACUCCGGGAUGGAGGGCCGUUUUCUCAAAAGCGGGGCGAGGUGGGACCAGACUUCUUGCCAAAUUGGGGAGGGGUUGCGUUCCUUCUGCAGGAGUCAGCAAAGACCCCUCAAGUUCUCCUUUAACACCAGUUAAACAGCAGUAGCAGCAGCAAAUUUUGCUCCUGUUGGGUUGUUUUGCAGAAGGGGGAGUGGGCUUGUAGUGCAGGCCAGCUGUUCCAUGGGUACCUAGCGGGAAUUCUAAUACCAGAGAAGAAAAUGCCCUAGAUGAGAUCUGCAAAAUCAAAUUAUUCAAGCAGAAAAUUGUGGUCAGGGGUCUUGGCAAGCAUUUGGGUGAGGGUAUCUUGCGGGACCACCUCGUUUCUGUGCCAUGGCUCUGCCCACUCCAGGAAUCCCGCCAACCAUUCAUCUCCUGCUGCAGUUUCUGCUUUGGUGUUCUUAGCUCUCCUCCUCAAAUCACGCUGUCCUUCAGAACAACGUUUUGAGAACUGAAUCGCUUGCCAAUGUAUCAUGUCCGCCAUUGUCUUAAUAUAAUGUACUUAUAUAACACUUAAAAUUUUUGUAAAUGUUUACAUUAUUCCCAAGGGAACUGAUAACAUGGUUUUGGGUCAAGAGAUAAAUGUUGUGGAGAAUUAACAUUACUAUUCUUAUUCUGCAUCAUGUUGUAGAUUAUUUGUUUGCAUUGUGAUGUGGUGUGUUAUUUCAUUCAGGGGUUUUUUUUUCCCUUUAAAAAUAAAUGAAGCUUGGCUACUGGAA